GGUAUAUAAAGCCGCAGUUGUUCUAGCAUUCUCAAUUCACUUUCCUCUCUCUCCUCUGCUCUAACGAUAACUCUGCGAAUCGACAUGAAGACCUCAGUGGCCGUCGUUGUUGUUUUGAUGGCAUGUGCCGUCUCCGCCCAGUUCCCAGCCGGAUGGAACUACAACCCAUUCCUUUACUACCCCUACACCGCACAACAACCACCUGUCCAGGAAACUGCCGAAGUUGCUGCCGCUCGUGCCACUCAUCUGGCCGCCCACGCAUCCGCAAGAGGGUCCCGUGUAAUCGCCUCCCAGCCAACCCCCGUGCCUGUAUGGGGACAACCAGGUGCGGUUCUGGACACUCCCGAAGUUUGGGCGGCUAAGGUUGAACACUACCGCGCCCAUUCUGCGGCCGCUGCUGCCAAUGGAGUCGUAUCGACGCUGCCACCUCUGCAAGUGGUGAACUGGGGAGUCCCUCAACCAGUUCAAGACACUCCCGAAGUCGCUGCCGCCCGUGCUGCCCAUUUGGCUGCUCACGCCGCUGCCCGCGGUAAACGAUCCAUCCAGGACACCCCCGAAGUGAUGGCCGCCACCAUCGAACAUUACCGCGCUUAUAACGCUGCAGCUGCGGCUAACGGAAUCAUGGCUUACUUGCCCGCACGUUACGCCAAUAUGCCCUGGGGAAUGCCUCAACAAGUACAAGAGACUCCCGAAGUAGCUGCAGCCCGUCGUGCUCACAUGGCCGCACACGCUCAUGCCGCUGCACGAGUUGCGAAGGUAAUUCCCGUCCAACCGGCCCCUACACCCGUUUGGAGCCAACCUGCCCCUACACCCGUUUGGGGCCAACCGGCUGUGAUCCAGGACACACCCGAAGUUCACGCUGCUAAACUAGCUUUCUUCCGCUCAUUUAACGAAGCCGCGGCUCGAUCCGGUUAACCACAUCAGCACCGAUCCUCCAUCAAGUCUUCUUUCAAGCAUCACGCAAAUGCCAAACGUUUUUGUAAAUCAAAUUGUUGCCCGAUGGUUAUCGAAACCGCCCUUUUCUCAAAAGAAAACGUGAACUGUUGUAAAAUGAAAUUUCCCUCUUUAUUCGGUUUUGGUGAUCCCCCGUCUGGCAUUUAUAAAUAGACCAGUACUUUCAAA